UCGGGACCGUUCCAGUCCAGCGGGCACCGCGGGCAGGUGAGCAGCGCUGCUCCCUUCCCUCUUCCACCUUCCUGUUCGUUUUCCUCUUCCUCUUCUCCCUCCUGCCGUGAGACACAGAGGAGAAGGAGCUGUCCCUGGAGCAGUUGCUCGAGCAGAAAAAUCUGCCAAGAUGUCCAAGAGGAAGCCAACUCCGGAUGAGGAACCCAAGAAGGAGACAACUUCAGAUGAGGAAUCCGGGGAUGAGGCAAAUCCUGGUGAUGAGCCCAAGGAGGAGACAAUUUCAAACGAGGAAUCUGGGGAGGAGACAACUCCUGAUGAUGAGCCCAAGAAGGAGAAAACUUCAGAUGAGGAAUCCGGGGAUGAGACAAAUCCUGGUGAUGAGCCUAAGAAGGAGACAAUUUCAAACGAGGAAUCUGGGGAGGAGACAACUCCUGAUGAUGAGCCCAAGAAGGAGAAAACUUCAGAUGAGGAAUCCAGGAAUGAGACAAAUCCUGGUGGCAGUCCCAAGGGUGAGAACAGUCCAGGGAACAGCUUCAAGAAAACUGUCAUUGGAACUGCAUUGGGAGCAGGACUGGCAGUGGCUGCCCCCCCGUUGUUCAUCAGCAUGCUGGGGUUCACAGGAGCUGGCAUCGCUGUUGGCUCCAUAGCUGCCAAGAUGAUGUAGGCAGCUGCCAUUGCCAACGGGGGUGGAGUGGCUGCAGGCAGCACCGUGGCCGUGCUGCAGUCAGUUGGAGCUGCAGGUUUCUCUGUCGGUACCAAAAUUGGGCUGGGCACACUUGGUGGAGCAUGCGGGACCUGGCUGUUCAAGCCGAAAAAACCUCCAAAUGACAAAUCUAAAAAAGGAUAAAAAUCCAAGUGACAAACCCAAGAAAAAGUAACUUGGGUGAUGAACAUGAGGAGGAGACAACUCCAGACGAGGAACCCAGGAGAAGCCAAGCAGGUGCCUGAUCCCAAGGCUUUGCAAUGCACAAUGGCAGGUGCUGGUACACCCCCACAGACCCCUCAGGGCUUUGCCUCCCCUUUGAAAAACUUUGGAUUCUCUUGAGAAACAAGUGCUCAAUAAAGGCACUUUUGCUGCA